AUGGCUGCUCUCUACUAUGCAGCCCGGCCAGUCCUUCGAUUUCGAGUCCCCCGAUCAUGUGUCCCCCGCCGUUAUGCGACCUCCUCUUCCUCAGCCACGACCAGCAGCUCCAAAGGGAUCCCAAAAGUCUCUUUCCAAAGCCCUACAUCAAAAGCGAGUGUUCCCGCGUCCAAAGGACCGUCGACGCAGCCCGGUAAAAGUCAACAACCAAGCAUACCUGUACUUGGAGGACCAGCGUCGCAGUUCAUCAGAGAGCUGCCUCCUGAACUAGCGAGAAAGCAAUGGUAUGCGCAAAAACUAUACGAGGCGGGUCAAACAGCCAUAUACAGACCCCCCUCUCAUUUCGGAAUCUACGCCGCGUCAUUUGUCAUGGGAAGCAGUGCUCUUGCGAUUGCUGGUCUUCUUGCCUACGGCAACAUCUGGGCUUGGGAAGGCGACUCGGAGCUACCCUGGUUCGUACCAGUUGCACACCGGCUAGGGAUCUUUGUCUUCUCGGCGGUCGGCUGGCUUAUUAUGAUGCGAUCAUUAAGGUUCAUCAAAGCAAUCGAUCUCGUGUCGGUAGAUGGCGUGGUGAAAUUAGCGGUGCAGGUACGCCGGCCUCUACCUUUUCUGAAGCCGAAGGAACACCUUAUCGCACCCUAUCGCUUUCAAAUGGACCAGAAGUUUGUGCAGCAACUGGAGGAGCCUGCCUUCAUGAUGGAACAUACAGAAACGUCCUCUUCUGCAAGCAAAUCGUCGAGAGGACUUGGUUCAAGCAUUGGGCGGGCCAUCAGCAAAGCAAUCUAUUAUCCAUUUGCAUCAACGAGAAGAUUAAUCACGCUUGAAGGCUUUAUGUUCGUCAGCUUUGAGGGGAGCCGCGGCAAGAUGAAGCUGGACACUCAGGGUCUUUUCUCCAACGGAGCAAAGGAUCUUAUUGAAAUGGGCACCAUAAAUUAUUGA